AAAUAGUCGUCAAUUAAAUAGAUUUAAAAAGGGAAGUUAAGAAUCAUGUUUUGGGAGAAAAAGAAAUUAGUAGAAGAAGGAGAUGUAGUAAUUAUAUGGCUGGGAGAGCCUAUAAUACAAUAGAAGUAAGUUAAUAUGUUAAUAGACGAGAGAACAAGUCCAUUCUAUUGUUAUUGAGAGGGGAAAAGUCUUUAAUAAUAAGUUUGGAACUUAUGCACAUUCAGAUAUAAUUGGAUUACCUUAUGGAUCUCAAGUUCCAAGCUCUAAUGGAAUGGGUUAUUUACAUAUUUUAAGACCUACACCCGAGUUAUGGACUAGAGCAUUGCCCCAUAGAACACAGAUUGUUUAUACACAUGAUAUUAGCUUUAUACAAAGUAAAUUAAGAAUUCAGAGAGGAACAACAGUUAUAGAAGCUGGAACAGGUAGUGGAAGUAUGACUCAUGCGCUUGCACGGGGUGUUGGAAUAACAGGAAGGGUAUUUUCAUAUGAAUAUCAUGAAAAAAGAUAUAAAGAAGCACUUAGUGAAUUUAAACAGAAUCAAAUCUUAGCACCAAAAGGGCCUGUUAUUUUAUCUUACCAAGAUGUUAUUACAGAUGGAUUUUGUAUUAAAGGUUAUGAGGUUAUUGCGCAUGCCGUAUUUCUUGACUUACCAGCACCAUGGAAAGUAAUUUGUAAAUUAAUUCCUCAUUUUUCUAAAGAAAGACAAACUAAAAUCUGCUGUCUUAGUCCAUGUAUUGAACAGGUUCAAAAAACACUAAAACACCUUCGGAAAUCUGGGUUCUAUGAUAUAGAACUUUCUGAAAUAAAUCAUUGUGAAUGGAUUGCACGAAAAGUAGAAUACAAGGAUAUUUUAGAAGCUGCACAACGUAUUCAUGAGGUACAAGAGAAUAGAAAGAAUGGAAAACAACCCGACAAUGGAGAUUCUCGUCCUCAAAAAAGAAUUAAGGAAGGAAGGGAAGACAGAAACUGGAAAGAUGUAGGAAGAAUGGAAAAAAAUGUUAAAAAUCAUACAAGUUAUCUUACAUUUGCAACAUGGAUUCCUUUUUCUCAAGAUUAUCAAAUACCUUCCGAUAAAAAUGAUGUAUUAUAUAUGAAAAAUGACGUUGAAAAUAUUAAUUAUGAUACAAAUAAUUUAGAAACUUCAUCUUAAAAUAAAUUUACAUUAAAGCGAAAU